AUGACUUUGGAGAAUACUCGAGGGAGUCCCAGAGUCGACGCGUUCCUUCACGGAGGAACGACUGUGUGUGACUUCAUCUUGCUGGAACGCGGAUCUCAAGUUCCAGCGGUGGUUGGGACGCACGCGACGAAGUUCAGACAAGAAGAUCUCGGGCGCUUCGACAACGAGCGCAACAGAGUUGGCCCUCUGAUGGAGUUCAUGGAUGCGAUCACGAACCAGAAGAUGGUCCGAGAAGCCGUGGUUUAUCGACCGAUCCUUGUUGAUUGUGGCUGA